CCUUGGGUCAUAUUUGCUUAGUCUAGAAAUUGAGAGAUUGCAUAUUAUGUUUUUGUUUUACAUAGGCAAGGAACAUGAAACAUGAGAAUAUAAACUCGUUUAUUGGCGCCUGCAUCGAUCAGCCCAAUAUCUGCAUCCUGAUGGAAUACAGCAAUAAAGGAAGUUUACAGGAUGUUCUUGAAAAUGAUGACAUCAAACUUGACGACAAUUUCAAGCUGUCUUUUGCCAUGGAUAUUUGUAAGGGUCUACAGUACCUCAGUAGUACCUCACUGAAAUCACACGGCAGGUUAAAAUCAUCAAACUGCGUCAUCGAUAAGAGAUGGGUGUGUAAAUUGACUGACUACGGAUUUGCACUCUUUAAACAAGACCAAGACGAGACCGGUGACUUGGAUCACGACAUAUAUAAAGCCUCGUUAUGGACGGCACCGGAGCACCUCAGAUGCCCGCCAUCAAGUCCAUACGGAUCGAUAGAGGGCGAUAUUUACUCAUACGGGAUCAUACUUCAGGAGAUAGUAAUACGUGGGGGGCCUUUUUGUACACAAAACUUGGAAGCAAAAGAAAUUGUGACUGCCGUCAAGAUGGGUGCCAGACCACUAUUCCGCCCCGUUGUCCCCAGAGAUGCCUGCACGCCAAAAAUGUUGGAUUUAAUGGAGAUGUGCUGGCGGGAGAAACCCGACGAUAGACCAUCUUUGUCGCAGAUUAAAUCAGCAGUUACUAAACUGUCCGGUGGCAAAACGCAGAAUCUUGUUGACAACAUGAUUGGGAUGAUGGAGAAAUAUGCUGACCAUUUAGAGGAGCUCGUAAAUGAAAGAACGACUCAGCUGGAAGAAGAAAAGAAGAAAACAGACCAAUUACUUCAUCAGAUGUUGCCAAGGACGGUAGCCGCUCAGUUGAAACGUGGUGAUGUGGUCACCGCAGAACAGUAUGAACAAGUUACCGUGUACUUCAGCGAUAUCGUUGGCUUCACCAGAUUAGCCUCUGAGAGUACACCAUUUCAGGUUGUGGAACUACUUAGUGACUUGUACACUUUGUUUGAUGAUACGAUUGACAACUACGAUGUUUACAAGGUGGAAACCAUUGGUGAUGCAUACAUGGUUGCGUCUGGCGUGCCUGAACGCAACGGUAGCAGACAUGCUGCAGAGAUUGGCAGUAUGGCCUUAGACCUCCUCAGCUCAGUUAAAAGCUUCAGAAUGAGACAUCGUCCGAGUGAGCAGCUGCAACUACGCUCCGGUAUGCACACAGGUCCGGUGGUCGCUGGUGUUGUAGGACAAAAGAUGCCUCGAUUUUGUCUCUUCGGGGACACCGUAAAUACUGCAUCCCGCAUGGAGUCAAACGGAUUAGCUCUUCGGGUACACACCAGCUCAUCCACGUACGCUGUCUUGAACAAAAUGGGAGGUUUCAAACUGGAGCUACGCGGGGAGAUCAAAGUCAAGGGUAAAGAUCCAAUGAUCACCUACUGGCUGACUGGCAAAGACAAAUCCGACUUUGAUCUACCGGACCUCUGCCUGGCCAGGAGUCCAAUCGAUGACACGUUUCAAAUAGAUGAACUUCCGGGUAUUGUGACCUCAGACUCACCCAAUGGAUGACACCAGGUCACGGGUCAUUCCGAACUUCCGGGGAAUCGCUUCAUCAGCCGUAGAUACAUAGAAGCAGACGUCGUUACGUAACUCUCUCCAGUUUUUACUCGACUCUGAAACAAGGGACUAACUUGAUGCAAAGGAAACUAUUUUUUAAAAUCAUGCGUGAGCCAUUUUGUGAACUAAUGUGUUUUAUUAGAUUGUUAACAUUAUAAACUU